GGAGGUGUUUUUGGGCCGAUUGCCGCGCGACUGCUACGAGGACGAAUUGAUGCCGAUAUUGGAACGCGUGGGCCGGUUGUUGGAGCUGCGACUGAUGCUGGAUUUCUCGGGAUCUACGCGCGGCUACGCGUUCGCGUUGUACGAAAAUCCACGCAUCGCCCGAGAAGCGUGCAAUCGUCUCAACGGCUACGAGAUCCGUCCCGGGCAUCGCAUAGGCGUCGUCAAGUCUAUGGACAACUGUCGGCUCUUCUUCGGCGGCGUGCCCAAGACCAAGACCAAGCCGGAAUUUAUAGAGGAGCUGACAAAGUUUCUCGAUGGCAUCACCGACAUUUACCUGUAUCCGAGCGCGCACGAUCGCAAUCUGAAUCGCGGUUUUAUCUUCGUCGAGUUUAAGGAUCACCGUGCGGCCGCGAUGGCACGGCGCAAGUUGAUACCCGGCAAAGUAAUGCUGUGGGACCACGAAAUCGCAGUAGACUGGGCGGAUCCUGAACCGGGUGAUCCGAUCGACGAGGACAUUAUGGAAACGGUGACGGCUCUGUUCGUAAGAAACCUCACGCUCGAUAUGUCGCAGCAGAAGGUGAGAGAGAUUUUCCAAAGGUACACGAAUGUGCCGAUAUUGAAGCUGAAGAAGAUCAAUCACUUUGCCUUUAUUCACUACGAGAAUCGCGAAGCCGCACAGACCGUAAUGGACAUAAUGCAGAAGCCUGAUAGCAUCGUUGAGAAAGAAGGCUGGGAAAUUCGUUGGGCAAAACCGAUCGGUGCGUCCAAAAUCCUAGAGAGGCAACGAUAUAUUCGCGAGGCUGUGGCUAAAUCCAGCACUCAGGUUACUAACACGUCGAAUUCACAACAGAAGAUCCAAAAGAAACAAUAUCGCAUCCAACCGUCCGAGAAAGUCCAGCAGGAAGACGAUAAAGUUUACCUGGCGCAGAUCAAGAUCUUGCAAAACGUUGUCAAAGAGAGAUUCAAUGCAACAUGCACUUUUGACUGCAUUCCGAUGUCAGACUCGUCCAAUUACGUCGGCAAAAUAACUAUUCACAGAGACCAAAUAAUCUUGUUCGAAUUUCAAGGAGGGCCAAUGGCAUCAAAGCCUAAAGCCAUAAGCGCGACAUCCAUUCAAAUGUAUCAGUAUUUGACGAGCACGUUCCCGACUCUUGCGCCGCAGCAGCCAUUUAUACACCACUACGUUCACCCGGGAGGAGCAUUUAAUCCCAUGACGUAUGCGCCAAUUGCCUGGCAUCCGGAAGUAACUCAAAAUUAAAUUUGCGACUCCUAUUUAUUUGUUCCUCAUUCUUAAGUAAUUGGUUGUUGAUUCA